AUGGGCACUACCAAUCCUUCCCCCUCUACUCCGGCAGGCGGUCACAUCGAAGACGUCACAGACCUUAGCCUCAACCACCCUCUACCCUCCGCCAACGACCCUUUCAUCCUCACACCUACACCCGGAACAGUCGUCAGUACUAAUGCGACUACAGAUCCGGCACCCGCCGCAAGAAUGGAAAGCAUGGCUCGCGAUCUAGCCGAUUGCCAGCAGCGCGAGGCACUGGAACGCGAGAAAGCAACAGCUCUCCAGAGCGAGCUUGACAGGAUGCGGACACAGCUCGAACGGGCCGAGCGCAGUCAUUUACAUGGGGAGUCAAAUCGCGAAGGCAGCGCGCAAACGAGAGGACGAGAACAAGUUCGCUUAAGCAUCAGCUUGACCCCCUCCGAACUCGCCAAGAAACGGCCACCAUCACCACGGCGUAUCCACAACUGUGAGGAAGGAAGCACAAGCGUCACCUCCCGUUCCAGACCCCCCACAACUGCUCACAACAGCGAGUCUGCCAUGCUAGCCCUGAUCUUGCAGCGCCUAACAGCAAUAGAACAACGGGAUGCCAAUCCACGGUGCCAACCAGUGUUCGCAGCCAGGCCAGGCCCAUUCACUACGAGAAUAAUGAACACCGUGCGUCCUUCUCAAUCCAAGAGCCCAAAAAUCACGCCGUACACAGGUGAAGGCGAUCCAUUCCGGCACAUUGAUAACUUCAAGAAAGUCACUGCCAGUAGAGAAUUCGACGACGCCACCUUGUGCCACCUAUUCAGCGAAACAUUAGAUGGGGAUGCUAUGAAUUGGUUAUUCGAACAACCGGCGAACUCGAUGGAUUCUUUCGCACAGUUAACCACAGCAUUUCUUAAUCGGUUUAUCCUCAUGGCCGGAGCUGCCCACACAACUGAUGGCCUAUUUCAAGUAAAACAAGAGAACAGUGAAACAUUGGGCACCUUCGUCAUGCGAUGGCAGACCGCAGCAUCCAGAUGUCGGAACCUGAACAAAACGCUCACCUUGGCUGCUUUUAAGGAAGGACUACGGUCAGAGAACUUCUUGUUCCACAUCAAUGUGGACCCUCGAAUGCGCGGCGCCACAUAUGAUGACAUCAUGACUGAAGCAGUACGAUACGCUCAGACAGAAUACGUCACAUACGGAGAGAAGCGGACCCCAGUACCAUCCGACAAAACCACUGCGCCGCAGACAUAUGUACACACAAUCCCCCUCCAACGUGAGCUCUUCCCUAACAUAGAAGACCAUGGCAAAGGCCGGAAAAGAGAGUGGCAUCAAGCAAAUCACCGUGAUGCGCGCAACAACGAUCGGCACAGAGGCCGGGACAAGAACAUGAGACUUGGCCAUGAACGUCGUGACAACAGAGACCCUCGCCAAGUUAACGCGAUGGGACGCCGUAGUGACCACACACCGCCUAGGGAAGAGACCCUGGAAGACUUUUUCCAUGCACAUCAGGGCACGCUGAGGAAACCUGCAAGACCACUACGCCCCCAAACCGAAGCAGAAACUGGUAAGUGGUGUAGAUUUCACGAAAAUGGAAGCCAUAACACGAAUGAUUGCCGCACCCUCUGCAUACUAAGAGCCAAUGGCGACACGGGGGUUCGCCCGGCGCAGCAAAGGGUACAGCAGCAUGUGGUCGCCGCAGUCGAGAACCUGCGCCGCAUUAACGUCAUAGAGGGAGGAGCCCCGAAGACAAACAUGUCCAACCGAGCAAAAAAGCGCUUUGACCACAGCACUCACCCAAGGCAGGUGUACGCCAUCACAGGAGGAAACGCUAAGCGACAGAAGGAAGGAUGGAAGCCGAUCACCUUCACUGAGGAUGAGGAAAUUGGCAUCUCCUUACCCAAUGACGACGCUUUCCUCAUAGACGCAGUCUUGGGCGGACAAUGGGAUGUAGGGAAAAUGAUGAUCGACACGGGAUCCACAGUCAACGUUUUAUUCAAGGGGUGCUACGAAAAAAUGGAGCGUAGUGGCAAGAAGUUGGUACAAGACCACGAACCACUAAUCAGCUUCUCUGGCGACAUAACCCAACCUCUAGGCUCAGAUUAUAUGACAGUACGCAUUGGGACCACACCAUGCACAGUUUGCGUUGAAGCCGAGUUCAUCAUAGUCGAUGCCUACAGCUCAUACAACGGGAUCAUCGGCCGACCUACACUUAACCGGAUACGAACUUUUAUCGCCGGACACAUGAUGCACAUAAAAUUCCCAACUCCGCACGGAACAGGACAAGUCCGGGGUUCACAAUCCAUAGCAAAAGAUUGUCAAGCACGCGCGAUUCGACAGACGCGCAACCGACACGAAAUCCUGGCAGUACAUGCCACAGUAAACUUGACCGACAAGGUCGUCGACGCACGAGAUGGCGAAACGUCGAAGGGAAAAAGCAAGCAUAAGGCUACAUCAUACGAGGCCAAAACUCCGGCAAACCCUGAAUCCUCAUUAAAAAGCAUUACGCCAUUCCCAAACCAUCCGGAGCGCAAGAUCAAAGUCGGCGUAACUCUCAGUCCCACUGUUGAGAGGGAUUUAACAAGUUUCUUGGGCGACAACAUGGAAGUCUUUGCAUAG